GUGUACAACCUCUGAGGACAUCAUUUGACAUAUAUUCAUCUUCACAUUUUAUACAAAUAAAGAAAUUCCCAGAUCCUAGUUUUCAUGGAUAAGCAUUAAUUUAAGCUUUCCCGUCUCGUAUACACCAAGAAGGUUGGUUUAAUCAUGGGAUUUUCCAUGCUGAUGUGCAUGAAGACACGAGUUCCAUUACUGGAUUUUUCACCUUGUAAGCUGAACAUGAACGAUCUCUUCAAUUCUCGUAGACACAGAGAAAAGAUUGUCAUUUUAAUGGGAGCAACCGGAACAGGGAAGUCGAGGCUCUCAAUUGAUCUCGCCACCCGUUUUGCGGCAGAAAUCAUAAACUCCGACAAAAUGCAAGCCUACGAGGGCCUUCCGAUAGCCACCAACAAAGUCACCGAGGAAGAGCAACGUGGGGUGCCGCACCAUUUGCUCGGGAUUCUAAAUCCCGACGCAGAUUUCACGGCAACAGACUUCUGCGACAGGGCAUCACUCGCCGUCGAGUCAAUCCUCGGACGCGACCGCCUCCCCCUCAUCGUCGGCGGCUCCAAUUCGUACAUUGAGGCAUUAAUCGACGACGACGAUUACAUGUUCCGGUCAAAGUACGAAUGCUGCUUCCUCUGGGUGGACGUCUCAAUGCCUGUGCUCCACUCAUUCGUAUCAAACAGAGUCGAUCAAAUGGUCGAAAAUGGCUUGGUAGAUGAGGUGAGAAAACUCUUCGAUCCCGCCGCCGAUUACUCAAGGGGGAUACGAAGAGCAAUUGGGGUUCCAGAAUUCGACCAGUAUUUCCGAACCGAACCAUUUCUAGACAAACAUCGCCGUUUAAGGUUACUCCAUGAAGCAAUAACUCAGAUGAAGGAAAACACAUGCAAAUUAGCAUGCCGCCAACUUGGGAAAAUUCUCCGACUGAGAAAUAAAAAUGGGUGGAAUAUGCACCGGAUUGACGCCACAGAGGUGUUUCAAAAGCACGGCGGCAAAGAAGCCGAUGAGGCAUGGAUGGAGCAUGUCGCCGGACCGAGCAAUCAAAUCGUCGAACACUUUCUUUACAAUUUUGCCGCCAACGUCCCUGCAAAUGUACCAGCUGGGAUGAAGGUGAGGAGUGUAGGAACUGCAAUUGCAGCCGCAACUUACUAGGUGCAUAAUAAUAAUAAUAAUAAUAAUUAUUAAUCUUGCUAAUAAUCCAGUGAAAAAUAAUAAUAUAAUCGUACUUGGGUCAC